UCAGAUUGGCGCAGGACGGAGAGCCGUCGCGUCCAGCUGCUGUCCCGCGGUCCUCUUGUGGUGGGUUCCCCGGGUCGCCGCCCAGCGGCAGGCACACUUCCGCAGCGGGUCUCGGGCCGCCGAGCGCCGUCUUCACCCAGCGCCAUGGCUGUGGCCGCUGUCGGCCGCCCGAGAGCCGUGCGCUGCCCGCUGUUGCUCCUGCUGUCAUUCCUGCUGGGAGCAGGCCCUGCGCUGUGCUGGAACGACCCCGACAGAAUACUCUUGCGGGAUGUGAAAGCUCUGACCCUCUACUCCGACCGCUACACCACCUCCCGGAGGCUGGACCCUAUUCCACAGUUGAAGUGCGUUGGAGGCACAGCCGGUUGUGAUGCCUACACCCCGAAGGUGAUACAGUGCCAGAACAAAGGCUGGGAUGGCUACGAUGUACAGUGGGAAUGUAAGACCGACUUGGAUAUUGCAUACAAGUUUGGCAAAACUGUGGUGAGCUGUGAAGGCUACGAGUCCUCUGAAGAUCAGUAUGUCCUCAGGGGCUCCUGCGGCUUGGAGUACCACUUAGACUACACAGAGCUGGGCCUGAAGCAGCUGAAGGAGUCUGGAAAACACCAGGGCUUCUCUGAUUAUUAUCGCAAGCUGUCCUCCUCAGAUUCUUGUGGCUUGGUGACCAUUGCAGUACUGUUCGUUCUCGCCUUUGUGGUUUACAAGCUGUUCCUCAGCGAUGGCCAGGGGUCGCCUCCACCAUAUUCUGAGCACCCGCCAUACUCCCAGGGCUUUGCCAGCGCAGCGGGAGCCCCUCCCCCAGGCUUCAAGUCUGAGUUCACAGGACCACAGAGUCCUGGCUAUGGUGCAGGCUCUGGCUUCGGGAGUGCGUUCGGAGGCCAAGGCUAUGGCAGCUCAGGGCCAGGGUUCUGGUCCGGCCUGGGCGCUGGAGGAUUGCUUGGAUAUUUGUUUGGCAGCAGCAACAGGGCAGCGACCCCUUUCUCAGACUCAUGGUACCAUCCAGCCUACCCGCCUUCCUACUCUGGCUCCUGGAACAGCCGGGUCUACUCACCAGUGGGCGGAGGCUCAGGGAGCUACUGUGCAUCCUCCAAUACAGACACAAGGACCAGAACAGCGUCAGGAUAUGGUGGCACCAGAAGACGGUAAAAUAGGAAGUUGGAGGCAAACACUGGACGCAGAGUUUCUGAUUUGUCAUCACCCAUCUCUUUAACACCUGGAUAAUGGGAAUAUCCAAAAGUUGUGUGUUGAUUGUCCUUGUAUAGCUUUCCGUGUCCCAUUGUUUGUGGCCAAGAGUUGAUAUGUGGCAAAAUACUUAUGUUUUGUAUGUUAGUGUAACAUGCAGUUCGAAGUGAUGGCUACUGUGGAAUGCUGAAAUUGUCGUGCUUGUUUCUAAAGCCUUUUGUACCAGAGGGCGCAUUAAGAGUGGAGCCCCCUCUGAGAGACUGAGCACAGACUGCUUGAGCUGAGCUGGCUUUGGAUGAUGAGUCGUUCCCUUGUAGAAACAACAGUCCUCCACUGGAUACUAAAACAUUUGGUGUUUGUUGUUCUUCAAACACUUAAGCCCAGCACUGACUACUAACUAAGCUGAUUUGUGGGUUGCAGUCUUGGUCUGUAGAGCUCAGACCCCUCCUCCUGUGGUGCUCAGCAUCUGGGGAGUGAUCCCGCUUUGGCAGGAAGGGCGGAAAGUAAAUGACUAUGCUCACAGAAGGCUCGGAAUCGCUAGACUGCAGUUUUCAGGCGGUAACAUUCAGAUGCUUCAGUCUUUGAGUAGCAAAAGCAUGGAGUUCUCUGUGGAGUCUUAAGCUGUCAGAUGUUGUGACGUUUUGUUUCAGCCUUACAUGAAUAUGACAAUAAAUUAAAAAAAAAAAAGA